UGUGUUAUAUAGCUUUUCAAAUGCCCCGCAGUCAAAUGUGGAUGUAUAAAACGAGACGCUAACAAAGCUUGACUACGUUUUUUCUCAUUCGCGGAGGACUUUACAUAGCGUGCAUUUGUAUUGAGUCGAUAUACAGACAAUAAUAUCGUAUAGGUUUGGAUUUCGGAGCUUCAUGGUUCGCUGAGCCGCCUGAGUCAAGCCCCAUUGAUAUGUAAAUUCCGGCCUACACAACUGCACGACUUUUCCCGAACUCAGCCGAAGAUUCGCAGCAGACCGACGACUCUCACUGUGAGAUUUACACUUGGAGAAGGGAACAGCAUUCUUCACGCGGUCGAGUAGAGCUACUACUGGACCUCAUAUUUUUGUCGCCAUUUAAAAUUUUUUAGACUGAUUGUGAACAUUAGUUUUAAUCGCUGAAGCUGUCAUACUUACCCUGCUUGCAAGAGCGGAUUUAAGAGAGUUUUUCGUAAAGCUGUUUGAUAACUGUGAGUCGUGAGAUCGAAGGAUAGCAAUUCAAGUCCCAGACGUCUACCUUUACCUGUUCAGCGAGAGUCGAAUUCUGCUACACACGGAGAUACUUAUAUAACACUGUUUUCCUAUAUCAAAAGGAGUUUCCUUUAAUAGCUCGCUGUUAUCCUGUGUGAUUGAGGAUGACUAGUCGUAAGUCUUACGAGCUGUGGGACAAUGGAAAACCCUCCGUGCCUCCGCCCUACUUGGAGGAAGAGCUAGGUGCUAACGGUUAUCCGAGUAAAGAGAGCGUGGGGACGGUGGACACGGAAAGAGUUGAUGAUGAGGGGGAUCGUGGACAGUGGGGCAGUAAGGCAGAGUUUAUCCUCUCCUGUGUUGGUCUCUCCGUGGGGCUGGGGAAUGUCUGGAGGUUUCCUGUGCUUGCCUAUGAAAAUGGCGGAGCCGCCUUCCUUAUCCCUUACAUCAUCCUCCAGCUGCUCAUUGGUAAACCUAUGUACUUCAUGGAACUGGCUAUGGGCCAGUUCUCAAACCUUGGGCCUACAGGAGUAUGGAAGAUGAACCCGAUGGCGAAAGGAAUCGGAGUUUCCAUGGCCCUAAUUUCAAUCAUCGUGGCUAUCUACUACAAUGUUAUCAUGGCCUACACACUAUAUUACUUCUUCGCCACAAUGCAGACGACGUUGCCAUGGACAACUUGUCCUGAUAACACCUGGCUAGACCGUGGCUGUGUCACGCGAAAGUCUGAUACCGUCAUGGGCGACGUCAAACCCGGGCUUAUGGGCUGUAGGGAAAACUUUACCGAUGUGUAUCACCUCUGCAUCUGUGACAAAAACGAUAUCAGUCUAAACUACAAUAGAUCAGAUGGCUGCUUUUUCGAAAUUUACUAUGUGUACAAGGAGAUGGAAUAUGACGCAGACAAGCACAAUGACUCCGUGCUGACGGUAUACGAGAAGGAUGGCAAACAGAUGGUGAACGCGUCGGUACCGAUGGCGAAUACGACCUGUGAUAAGUGGUGCGUCCAGAGAAGAACAGCUGCAGAGAUAUACUUCUAUGACGAGGUGAUAAAGCGGUCGGAUACAAUUGAAAACACUGGUACGCCAAUUUGGUAUCUAGCCCUGUGUUUGAUGUUGUCGUGGAUUGUCGUCGUCCUCUGUUUGAUCAAGGGAGUUAAAUCGUCUGGAAAGGUGGUAUAUUUCACAGCUACGUUUCCAUACGUGAUCUUGUUGGUGUUGUUGAUCAGAGGUGCCUUACUGCCUGGAGCCGGGGAGGGUGUCCUCUACUUUCUCGUCCCGAAGUGGAGCAAACUGUUGGAGUUAGAUGUAUGGCGUAAUGCUGCCUCCCAGAUGUUCUUCUCUCUCAGCGUGUCUUUUGGGGGAAUCAUCAUGUUUGGAAGUUACAAUAAAUUCAAAAACAACGUGUACACGGACGCUUUGUUCAUCAGCGUUAUGGACAUCGUCACUAGCAUCAUCGCCGGUUUUGUCAUUUUUACAACUCUUGGUAACAUGUCCCAGGAACUUGGCAUCCCCAUUGAAGAGGUGGCACAGAAAGGAUAUGGUCUAGCCUUCGUCGCUUACCCAGAAGCCCUGUCUCGACUUCCGGUCCCACAUUUAUGGUCCCUGUUGUUCUUCUUUAUGUUGUUCACACUGGGAUUGGACAGUGAGUUUGCCUUGUUAGAGACAGCCUUGACCUGUCUCCAGGACGAGAUCCCUAAGUUAAGGAAGUACAAAUGGCUUCUGUGUGUCGCGUCUGGAGCCGUGUUCUACCUACUCGCCCUCCCCUGUACUACUCCGGCCGGAGAUUACGUUGUUACAUUAAUGGACACCUACGGAGCCAGCUUCUCUGUGCUCUUCGUCGCUGCCUCUGAGAUGAUUGCCAUUAUGUGGGUUUACCGUGUGAAUCGCUUUAUGAACGAUGUCAAGUAUAUGCUGGGUUACGCUCCUCAUCCGGAACCAUAUUGGAUUUUCUGCUGGGUCUUUGCGGCUCCAGUCCUUAUCUUGCUUCUGCUCGGUUACACCUUCGCCCAGCAUUCGCCUCCCACGUACCCAGAUGAAAGUCAGUUCUCCACAUCAGCUCAGGUGAUUGGAUGGUUGAUCGCUGCUGUAGUCAUGCUCCCAAUCCCUGUCUGGGCCAUCGUCAAAACCGUCAUGGCGGGCGGAAAUCCCUGCAAGGCUUCCCGUCCUACUUCAGACUGGGGUCCUGCGUGUGGUUCUGGAAGCACUGAUGCCUUGGAUGCUCACCCGAUGUAUGCCCAAAGUAACGGUGCCAGCAAAGGAAAGGAAAACUUGGCAUUCGAUAGAUAUUAACCCUUGCAUAAAGUGUUUAUCUGGACAUUUUUUAAAAAGGUGUGAAUUUCCGAACGGAGUCUCGUGGCAGUGAUCAACCGAAAUGUCAGAUCUCCAGAUUACAUACGUGAUAGGAUUACCUCUUUCUGUGUAUCUGUUCACCGACGCAACAUUUUUGUGCUUUAUCAUGACGCUCGCAGUCUCACACAGACUACACACAUUCUUCAUACGUCAUGGGUGAUAAACGUGACUUCAUAUCGGGAAAGUGUGAUGUCACACAACACAAGAUAUCAGUUCAGCUUAUCUUAUUGUGUAAAUAUGACUUCAGUGGAAUCUACAGAUCCCUUUUCAUCAGCAACAGUUUUAAAAGUAACUUUAAUGCUUUUAAAUGUGUUGUUAGGCAUGCUUUUGUGCACUAUGCUGAUCUUUUCUUCAUUUGCUCAUUUGUUAGUUCCUAUUUUUAGUUUAUAUAUAUUUUUAGCCUAUCUGUUUUGAGAAAUGGGGCUGGUCCACACUGUGAAUGACAGAUGUAAAAAAGACUGAUAAUCAUCUACCUUACUUUUAUAUAAACUGUAUAUAUUCUGUUAAUUAUUAAUUCUAAUUCAAGUCAGCAUGGUUUACAAUAUCCUCCCACUGUUUUAUAACAUUCCAUGUUUGAUUCUCCAUACUAAAACGUUUAUGUAAAUCAGGGUUGUUCAAUAUGCCACAAAACCGGAGAAUAUAUUUGACGAUUUGAAUUUUCUCCGAAUUAGAGGCAUCUUCAUUGACAAAGCGUGUGAAUAGCCUAAAUAUAAUAGGCCAUAGUUUCCACAUCUAGGUACGCAUUAUCAUCAUAUUUGUUGUCCAUAAAUUUUAUACUCUUUAGUGUUCCAUUUGUUAUAUUGAAGUACGUACAUAUAUGUACAUGUUUUAUAUAAGUUUAUUUUAAAAACAUUCCCUAAUUCUCAAAAACUAUCGGGUGUUUAAGAUGAGGUUACAGAUCGUGUUCUGCAGAAUUAACACGAACUGAGUGGAAGAAAGUUUAUUUUUAAAAAGGAAACUGUUUACAUUCCAUUUUUAUAGAUAAAUUUUGUAUUUGUAAAUAAAAUAAUAAUUCAGAUUA